AUGCCGGCGGCAAUGCCCCCACCAGCGCCGCGCGCGCAAUCGAGAGCCUUGACCUCCAAACAGGCCAAGUCAUUUUAUCGUUCUCGCAACAGUUCAAACGUCAGUGUCCUCGAGACCAGAUGGCUACAUCGAGCUAUCGAGCUCGAACAGCGAGCCGAGAGGGCGCAGGAACAAGAGAAGCGACGCGCCGAAGCGGCGAAGAAGAAGAAAAAGGCUGAGAAGGACCAGGCGGAUAAGGCGCUGAAAGAGCAGGCGAUGUUAGGCACGCAGAGACGACUGGAUCGCUUUGGGCAUAAAAGCAGUCAACUGCAUAUGGGCAAAUUCUUUGGACGACCGACAACUGGUGAUGAUGGUUCAAACGAUCCUGUCGCUGUAUCAGCUAAGGAGACUUCCGCGGACGAGGAAGAGGAAGAUAGUGAUGAUUUUGGAGACGAUGAGAUAGACGAUGAUGCCCUUCUGGACGCCCUCGAAGAAGAAUCGAAACACGAUGUUCCUGCUCAGAAGGAUAAUAUCACGGCGGAAACGCCGCUCGUAAAAGAAUCAUUCACCGCUUCGCUCUUGAUGCCACCUCCGCCUGCUCGUUCCGUACCUCCUCCAGUCGUGCGACCCACGCGCGUACCAGCAACAGGAUCGAUGUCGAAUUCUCCCGUCGAUCCAGUUGAGCCCGAACUCGUCGCUACACGCGCAUCGACUAUAAUAGACAAUGCCAUGAUGGAUGAUAUAGCCUCAUUUUGGGACGAGCUGGACAGUAGCACACAGAUCGCCCGCGACUUGAGUUAUAUGCCACCCGAGACAGCAGAAACGAGUGUCGCUGAGAUUGCCGACUUUGAACUGACAAAGGAUAUAACGACGAAAAGUACCGGAUGGAGGGACACUUCCUUCAGCAGCACGGAAAGCUUUGAUUUUACAGCUGAAGAUCUUGAUAUCUUGGAUGUCGCUGACACUCGGCUUGUGCAAGAGCCAGAACGUGUAAUUGUUGCUCCAAGGCUCGGUGCCUCCAUGACAACACAACAACCUCCGACGACCGUCUCUGUACACUGUCGGUCAACACAGGUCAUUUCAAUAUCACCACCACCGCCUCUCCAUGUGACUGUAAAUAUUCAUCAGGUCAAUCAAGUCCCGAACCAAAUAACGAAAAAUCUCAUCGGCGGAUUCUCAGCUACACAGUUGGAGAGUCUUAUCGAUGACGAUUUGCAAUUGACACAGAUGGAAGAUGGCUGA